AUGGCACAUGAAGAACAGCAGACGAGUAUUCCGAGCUGUCAACUGGAUCCCCCUGGGCAACCGAGGUCCUCUCGGUCGCCCAACUACUCGCUUGGACGAUCCAGUGACGAGGAGGUUUGGUCAAAGAAGCAAAUGGCACAUCAUCGAAAAGAGUGGCGGAACGUCGACUUGCGUCUGUGUUGCUACCGUUUACGAAAUCAAGAGAGGAACCCUAAACCCUGCCAGAUCAUUUUCCCUGAUCGCAGUCGACGCCAUCGACGGCCACAGGCCACACUUCGAAAGAGGACGGUGUUCACGACGUACAAAGCGAUGAAAGUGCAACGAACGUUAGUCACGUGCGCUCAGGCGGUGGCCGUAAAAAAGUUGGCCAAACGAUGGCCUGCUCGGGGGCAACGUUCUUUCUCGUUGUUAAUUAUAAUCGUUUUGACGACGAAUGGGUCGAUUGAUCGAACAGCCAUUAUUUUGGUGUUUACAAAUGACGGCGAAACCGGAAACGGUCGUUUCUGGGGCAGUGGUCUGCUCGGCAGCGUUGUUGUGGUAGAGAAAGCUUCGCCGGGGGCUGCGAAGCCGAAAUCGGUCAGAGAAGCGGACGCGACGACGUCGACGACGCCGACGGAGGUGGUUGAACCCACUACGUCGUUCGAGCGACCAACGGAGUCAUCGCGCUCGCGCUCGUACACGUCUGUUAUCGCGGUCGACUCGGACGGUUACUGUAAUCUGGCGGCAGCCAAUCGUCGCCGGUCGCCGCGCGCUGCUGAUUGGAGCGAUCCGCAGCUGAGCGACAACGGAUUCUCUGUGGUUACCGACUGCGAAUGUGUGCCUCGCGCCGUGUGUCAUAGCAGAAACGACAGAAGACUUUGGGGAACACAGCCGGGACCAUCAUGUGGUACACGAAUGAGCAAUAGUACAGCAAACAGACCGAAGGCGAAAACAUCGAGGGCAUCAAAAAGUGGCCUCGGAAACGUUGCGGAACGAGAUGGCAUGUUCCGAAUUGGACAAGUGAUUUUUGUGCUGCGAGAAACGCUGUCUUCGAUGCGUUUGCGCGAAACGACGACGCUAAUCGAUUUCGCCGUUGUGGUCAAAUGA